GGUGGAGAAACGUCUCUUCAAUCGACUCGUUGGACACGCACCGAGCCUGCUCCAGUCUGUUCGACCAGAGCGCCGCCUGCCUCUGUUCCUCCCGCGCAGCGACCCGGCGGCCGGCGACCAAGGCGGUGCCCGCGGCGAGGUCUUCGCAGCCUAGGGUUCGGCUUCACUCCUCCUCCUCUCCGCAUCUCGGUCUUCACCCAGGCGCGGCGGCGGCGCCAUCCCGCCCGUCAGCUCUCGUCACAGAAAACGCCGCAGCUCUAAUUUGAUCGUUUGUUAUAGUCCAGAUUAAGGGAGUAGGAUUACCCAUCUGGUAACUGGCACCUAAAUUUUUCUACUAGUUUGUGUCUAACAUGUUACAUGUGCAGUCCUGUACUAGAACUCUAGAAGUCAAUCAUGAGCAUCCUAUCACAUGCUUGUAAGCCCAAUUCACAAUGACCAUUCCAGCUAUUUUCCGAGUCUCUUUGUUGGCUCCAGGAGUUGUAAACUUGUAAUCUGAGGAAACAAUCUGAAUCAAGGCACGGAUCGGCGUGAUGUCUUUCCUGAGGCUGUUACCUCAAAGGUUGCCCCAAUUUGUUAGGCAGGUGGAGCGAGAUGUCGAGACUGUAAUCAAUGUUCUGCAGCCAGGUCCAAUAGGAAUUGUGGAGCAUAAGUUCACUGAUGCAGAGAUCCGCGAGGCGCAAGUCACUGUAAGGAGUGCUGUUGAGAAAUGGCGAAGGAACAGUGCUCUGGAGAGAAAUCUUGGCACUGGUUCUUUUCAUAAAUCGAAGUAGCGCUCUAUGUCAUGACUUGGUGCAGCGCACCAAUACUGAAAAUAAAAGUGUGCCAUGGUUGCAACUGUUGGUCUUGGUGUAGUUAAUGUGUUUUCUCUGUCAGUGAACCAAUGCAAUUGAUCAUGAUAUACCUCCUCGAUGAUCUAUUAUCGGCAAAAGUACACUCUGCUCAAGUUUCUGAAA